CCCUAUUCCCAUAAUCAAAAUAGUCACAUUCUCUUAUAUUCAUUUCGUUCCCCCAACCCAUUAGACCAAUAUACCACCGUUGCCGCUCACUCACCACCUUCCAGCAAAACAGAGCAACUUCCACACAAACAUACAAAAUUGCGAGCGAGCGAGGGAGCUAUUCGUCCAACAAACAGCAGACACAGCGAGCCAGUGUUGAGGAAGCAAAGGGCAAAAGCAAAGUUUGUAUCUUUGACGCGGCUCGCUGUGCGAUGUUUGCGAGCCUUUCCCAUGGCCUGAUGGGUGGAGUUCAGAGAGGGACUCUGCCUCUCUCAAUUCCCUUUCGCUGAUCAGUAGUAGUUCUCUUCUCCCUCUCUUUCCCUGGGCACACGCACGAGAAAACUUCUCAAGAAGAGGGAAAGCGGCAGAAGGGAUGUGAGGGAAUCCCAGUUGAUUUUCCCACUUUUUUUUUUAUUUUCUUUUCUUUGGGUUGUUGUUAUGAUGGCGCUCCUGGAAGACUUCGAGGCAGCAAAUUGGUUGCAGGGAAAUGAUCCACCUUGCUAAUUCUACAUUUGGCCACUUGAUCAAGAGGGGUGUUUUAAGCAGAUCUGGUGUUUUUUCUCCUUCUGAUCAAUCGAAUACUCUCUACAUGCUGCAAGGCUUCCUGUAGCCUGAUAUUCCUACUUUUCAUGGAAAAGUUUAGCUUCAAGCAGGGCAAAUCUUCUUUGGCAACUUAAAUUUUCGUUAUUGACGAAGUAACUUGUUUCUCAAGGUUAUACCUUGGGUUCAGCUUCUUCGGGCAAAUCUUCUUUGGCAGGGUUACUUUGGAUCUCCACUUUCAGCUGUGACCAUAGUAGAGGAAGGUUCUUGAUAUAAUCAGAGAACAAGUCUCUUAUAUAUCAAUUACCAAGGAUUGCUGUGUACUGGGCAGAUCAUACUUUGGCAUCAAAUCCUUAUUGGUAUUCCAGCUUUUGUGGUGAAAUCUUAUUUGAAGCUUUCUGUAACAGAAGCUUCAGUCAGUCCAAUUCAUUGGGCAAAUCUCCUUUGGCAUUUGGGAGUCCAAGUUGACUCUCAGUUUACCCUCCUCCGGGACAAAUCUCCUUUGGCAUUUAGGGGUCAUUAGUUUGACUCCUGUUAUCCCUACCUAUUAUCCCUAUCUAAGGGCAAAUCUCCUUUGGCAUUCGGGAGUCCUCAGCUGACUCUAUAUUAUCCUUGUUUACCGCGUAUCCGUUGGUAUCUGCCUUUCAAGGCCAGUAUUCUUGCACCGAGAAUAUUGUAGCUUGGCAUUGGCUGUGGAAGUCUUUGGAAUAUAAAGUGGUUUCGUACUGAGCCUGAUACUGGUUGAUUUUCUCUGAAAUCAAGUUGGUGAGGCAGUCAACAAUCAAGAGGUGAUGGACAUGCUUCCAAGUGACUCCGAUUGGGAGAGUUCGAGCGACAGCGGCAGCAGCAGUGAGGACAUGGAGGAACUUGAGUUUGCGUACGGUGGACAAGCCUGUAGCAUUCUGUCCUGCCUAGACGAGAGCAUAGGGAAGAUUGAUGAUUUCCUCUCAUUCGAACGUGGCUUUGUCCGUGGUGACAUCGUCAGCUCUGUAACUGAUCGAUCUGGACAAACAGGCAGAGUUGUGAAUGUCACAAUGUCUGUCGAUCUUGAAAGUCUCCAUGGAAGAGUCAUAAAGAACAUAGAUUCCAAGAAGCUCUCAAAAAUACGGUCCACUUCGGUGGGAGACUACGUGAUUCAAGGACCAUGGAUUGGAAGAGUUGACAAAGUGGUUGACAGCAUCACAGUUCUGCUCGAUGAUGGAAUGAGCUGUGAGAUAGAUGCAACAGACCAAGAAAAGCUGGUCCCACUUCCUCCAAACUUACUCGAAGACCCAUUGUAUCCCUAUUAUCCGGGUCAGCGAGUACAAGUUUGGCUCCCCAUUGCUGCUUCUCGGUCAACUCGAUGGCUGUGUAACGUAUGGAAGGAGAAUCAAGGUAUAGGGACCAUCUCUGCUGUAAAAGCAGGUACCGUGUAUGUCGAAUGGCUUGCUUGUGCGCUUGUUGGUUGUGAUGAAGUUAGCCCUCAGACACCCCCUCCAUCUGUACAACAUGCGAAUGACUUGAUCUUGUUGCCGAUAUUUCUGUCUGAGAACUGGCAGCUUGGUGACUGGUGCAGAGUUCCUGCAAUUGACACAAAGGAAAUAUUUGCUAUUGGGAAAACGAAGACUACAGUUGAUGUUGCUUGGCAGGAUGGUACGAGCUCGUUUGGUUUGUAUUCACAGUCUCUACUCCCAGUGAAUGUUGUCAAUGCUCAUGAAUUCUGGCCUGGGCAGUUUGUUCUCGAGAAGAGUGCAAAUGAUGACGAACAGCCUGGUUCUGGUGGCCAAAAAUUGGGUGUUGUUAAUGCUGUGGAUGCAAAAGAACAUACAGUCAAGGUCAAGUGGAAAUCUUUUGUGGAAACGAGUGAUGCAGGGAGUGAUUUGGUGGAAGAAGUUGUAAGUGCAUAUGAAUUAGCUGAACAUCCAGAUUACUCGUACUGCUAUGGAGAGAUUGUGUUUAGAGCUCAGGUUGAUGAUCAUCCUUCUGAAGAUUACACAUCAUGCAUUGGUUUUGUAUCGGGUUUUAAAGAUGAUGGCAUUGAAGUGACUUUUGCUUCUGGCGUUGAAACCACUGUUGCACCAAAUGACAUUUUUCGGGUUGAGAAACAUGAGGGUUCUACUAUGACUCCCCUGCAAGACUAUGAUGCCGAGGAACUGAACCCAGUGGCAGUUGACCAUGGCAAACAAAUUGUCAACCAUGUUGAUUCACCAGAUUCCAACAGGAUGGGAGAGGAUAGCAAUAACCAUCCGUGGGAGUCUAGUUCUUCGUCUUUUCUUCAUCCGUCCACUUUUGGAAUCUUCACAAGCUUAGCAGCAAGGAUAUUUGGUUCUUUCGGUUCUUCAUCAAUGUCUAAUCCUUGCUGUGUUGCUGAAGAUGCAGAUCAACUCGAGCCAUUUGAAAAGGAACGAGUACCUGAAACUUGUUCUGGUCUCUCAACUGACAUGAAACCUUUGGCAGCAGUUGAGAUGCAGAGAUUCGAAACGACUUGCCCAGGACAGGAAGUUGUUGAAGUUGACGAGAACCAAGGAUUUAAAACCUCUUCUGCCACACAGGGUGGAGAAUUAAUCAAGAAAUUUGAUAUGGUGAAUGAUUGCUCUGACCAUCACUUUGUUGAUGGUGCAGGCAAAGAAAUGACGAUGUCUCAGGUCAAAAGAAGUUGGUUGAAGAGGGUACAGCAGGAAUGGAAUGAUCUAGCAGAAAAUCUACCUGAAUCCAUUUAUGUCCGGAUCUAUGAGGAGAAGAUAAAUCUCAUUCGAGCAGCCAUUGUUGGAGCACCCGGAACUCCAUACCACAAUGGCCUUUUCUUCUUCGACAUACAUCUCCCUGCUCAGUAUCCCCAUGAACCACCUCUGGUGCACUAUCGUUCUGGUGGGCUCCGCCUCAACCCCAAUCUGUACGAAUCAGGAAACGUCUGCCUCAGUCUCCUAAACACAUGGACAGGCACAGGCACUGAAGUCUGGAAUCCAGAGAGCUCCAGUGUUCUUCAAGUUCUUCUCUCCCUCCAGGCGCUUGUCCUCAACGAAAAACCUUACUUCAACGAAGCUGGCUAUGAUAAGCAGAUCGGUAAAGCCGAGGGAGAGAAGAACUCUAUAAGCUACAACGAGAAUGCCUUCCUCGUUACCUGGAAGUCCAUGCUUUACUUGCUUCGCAAACCACCAAAGCAUUUCGAGGCACUAGUUGAGGAGCACAUCAAGCAACAUUCCCACGACAUUCUGGCGUCCUGCAAGGCUUACCUGGAUGGACGAAAACCAUUCCCAGCAGACCGGCAGCUUGGAGAGCAAGGAACUCUAAAGGGGAGCUCUGAUGGGUUCAAGAUCAUGCUUGUUAAGCUCUUCCCGAAGCUCGUCGAAGCCUUUUCUGGCAAAGGAAUCGAUUGCAGCCAGUUCAUGGAGCCUGAUAAAUAAAAAGUCAGUGUCAUAAAGACUCUCCCAUUUACUGUAACAAGUAUCAGAAAAUCCUAGUGGCAGACUAGGAAUUAUGGUUUGUGAUGUGUGUAUGUUUGGUUUUGUGAGAUAAAAUUGGAGUGAAUAAAUGAGGGGCGAACAUCGUAGUGGUAUGCCCUCCCUGGUGUAAUUUAAUAUAUGUUUUAAAAUGUAUAAUUGCAGGUUAUGUAAAAUAUGAAGAUUUGUAAAAUAAUUAUUAUCAUAAUAAAAUAAAAAUGAACUGGUUUUGUGUGCUUAUUGGAUUUGUGGAACUCUAACGAUUCAUUUCUUUGCUAUCCUAAUUUUUAUUACUAAUUAAAGAGAUCAUACGAG